AUGACUCAUUGCAAUGAGGUUCAAAAUAAUCAUGGCAUCACAAUUGAUGGAAGAAAAGACAGCUUGAUUAGAACUUGUCUCACAUGUGGUCAUCAUAUCAAAUGCCAAGAUCAGGGUGGUGGAAUUAAUGACUUACCUGGAUUACCUGCUGGAGUGAAGUUUGAUCCAACAGAUCAAGAGAUUCUUGAGCAUUUGGAAGCAAAAGUGAGGUCUGAUAUUCAUAAACUUCAUCCUUUAAUUGAUGAGUUCAUUCCUACUCUUGAAGGAGAGAAUGGAAUUUGCUAUACUCAUCCAGAGAAAUUACCAGGUGUAAGCAAAGAUGGCCUAAUCCGGCAUUUCUUCCACCGACCAUCGAAGGCAUACACAACAGGAACAAGAAAAAGAAGAAAAGUUCAUUCAGAUCACGAAGAUGGCAGCGAAACCCGAUGGCACAAAACAGGCAAAACAAGACCAAUCUACAACAAUUCCAAGCUAAAAGGCUACAAAAAAAUCCUCGUACUUUACACUAACUAUGGAAAGCAAAGAAAACCAGAGAAAACAAGUUGGGUAAUGCAUCAAUAUCAUCUUGGUAAUGAUGAAGAAGAGAAAGAAGGUGAGUUAGUUGUGUCCAAGGUUUUCUAUCAAACUCAACCAAGACAAUGUGGUGGCAACUCAUUGAUGAUGAAAGACUCUAUUGUUGGAAAAAGUUUGAAGGGUCAAAGUGGGAAUAAUAUUGAGGUAAUCAAUGGUGAAAAGAGUAUUAGUGGAUCAUUUGUUGAGUACUAUCAUUCUAAUUUCAUAUCAUUUGAUCAAGGGAAUCAACAUAUGAAAUGA